CUAAGCAAAGAGACGUAGAAAGUAGCCACUAGAAUCUCUCCCAAUAGAAAGGCACAUGAAGGAAGGGGCCACCAAUUACCAAACAGCAUAUCCCAUUCUCUCUCAAACAAAUGUUUCUGUCUUCACACUCAAAAUCUCCUCACCAGUCACCACCGCUACCGCUUACUCUUCUUCACUCCCACUCUUGCCUUUAAUUAUUUGUUUGAGUGGUAAAACAUAAUUGAAUAGCAGAAUGAACAAGCUGGUGGUGGAAGUAGUGGAUGCGAGCGACCUUAUGCCCAAAGAUGGGGAAGGGUCAGCAAGUCCCUUUGUAGAGGUAGAGUUUGAUGAGCAGCAGCACAGGACUGAAACCAAGCACAAAGACCUCAAUCCUUGUUGGAAUGAGAAGUUGGUGUUCAACAUCAAUAACCCCAGAGAUCUUCCCCACAAGACAAUUGAAGUGCUUGUAUACAAUCACAAUGAUCGAAAAGGUGGCAACCACAAGAACUUCCUAGGAAGGGUGAGACUUUCAGGCGCUUCUAUCCCUCUGUCGGAGUCCCAGGCCAGUGUGGAACGGUUCCCACUUGAGAAACGUGGUCUCUUUUCAAACAUCAGAGGAGAAAUCGGUCUUAGAUGUUAUGCAGUGCAUGAUGACACAGCUCCUCCUCCCCCGCAACCCGAAGACUAUAGUCCUACUGCCACUGCGGAACACCCUCACGAGGACACUCCCUUGCAAGAAAUAAACACCAACAUGGUAGAUGAGGAAAGUGUGGUUGGUGACGGGGAGAAGAAGAAGAAGAAGAUGAAAAAGAAAGAGAAGGAAGUUAGGACUUUUCACUCAAUUCCAGCAGCAGCUCCUGCAGCCAAGGCCUUCCCGGCAGUGGAAACGCAAAGGAGGGUUGAUUUUGCGAAAGCUGGGCCACCCAAUGUGAUGUUAAUGCAGAUCCCAAAGCAAAACCCGGAGUAUGCAUUGGUGGAGACAAGUCCACCACUUGCAGCUCGUUUGCGCUAUAGAGUAGGGGACAAGAUAUCAACCACCUACGAUUUAGUGGAGCAGAUGCAUUACUUGUAUGUCAAUGUGGUGAAGGCUAGGGAUCUCCCUGUCAUGGAUAUCUCGGGAAGCCUUGACCCUUAUGUGGAGGUCAAGCUUGGUAACUACAAGGGCCUCACUAAGCACUUGGAGAAGAAUCAGAACCCUGUUUGGAAGCAAAUCUUUGCCUUCUCCAAGGAGAGGUUGCAAUCAAAUUUGCUUGAAGUGACCGUGAAGGAUAAGGACAUUGGGAAGGAUGAUUUUGUGGGGAGAGUUACUUUUGAUCUCACUGAGGUUCCUCUUCGGGUACCCCCAGAUAGCCCCUUAGCUCCUCAAUGGUACAGAUUGGAGGAUAAGAAGGGGCAAAAAAUAAUGAAUAAUGGGGAAAUCAUGCUUGCAGUUUGGAUGGGAACACAGGCGGAUGAGUCCUUUCCGGAGGCCUGGCACUCCGAUGCUCAUAACAUUAGUCACUCCAACCUUGCAAACACGCGCUCAAAGGUAUAUUUCUCCCCCAAGCUUUACUAUCUUAGAGUUCAAGUAAUUGAAGCUCAAGAUCUUGUUCCUUCCGAGAAAGGAAGAGCCCCAGACACUGUUGUUAGAGUACAACUGGGGAGUCAGAUGAGAUUCACCAGGCCUUCUCAAAUUAGAAGCACCAACCCAGUUUGGAACGACGAGCUUAUGUUUGUGGCAGCGGAGCCACUUGAGGAUUUUAUCAUUGUCACAGUUGAGGAAAAACUAGGUGGUCCUAAUCUUGAAAUCUUAGGAAGGGAGAUCAUAUAUGUGAGAAGUGUUCCACCCAGGCACGAGACCAGCAAGCUCCCUGAUUCUCGUUGGUUCAAUUUGCGCAGGCCUAGUGCAGUUGGAGAGGAGGAAACAGAGAAAAAGAAGGAGAAAUUUUCAAGCAAGAUUCACCUCCGAGUGUGUCGUGAGGACGGGUACCAUGUGCUUGAUGAGUCCACGCAUUUCAGCAGUGAUCUUCAGCCAUCCUCCAAACAUUUGAGGAAGAAAAACAUUGGAAUUCUCGAACUUGGGAUACUGAGUGCCCGGAAUUUGCUACCCAUGAAGGGCAAGGAAGGUAGGACCACCGAUGCAUACUGCGUGGUCAAGUAUGGCAACAAGUGGGUUCGAACCAGAACUCUGCUAGAUACUCUAUCCCCUCGAUGGAAUGAGCAGUAUACCUGGGAAGUUUAUGAUCCGUGUACUGUCAUCACAAUUGGGGUUUUUGACAACCACCACGUCAAUGGGAGCAGUGAUGCUAGAGAUCAGAGAAUUGGAAAGGUAAGAAUCCGGUUAUCAACUCUGGAAACUGAUAGGGUGUAUACUCAUUUUUAUCCUCUGCUGGUUCUCCAACACAACGGCCUGAAGAAGAAUGGAGAGCUUCAUUUGGCAGUGAGAUUCACUUGCACCGCUUGGGUUAAUAUGGUAGCCCAGUAUGGCAGGCCUUUGCUUCCCAAAAUGCAUUAUGUCCAACCAAUACCUGUUAGGCACAUAGAUUGGCUCCGCCACCAGGCCAUGCAGAUUGUGGCUGCUCGCCUAUCUAGAGCUGAGCCACCCCUGAGGCGUGAAGCAGUUGAGUAUAUGCUUGAUGUGGAUUACCAUAUGUGGAGUCUAAGGAGAAGCAAAGCCAAUUUUCACCGCAUAAUGUCACUACUCUCGGGAGUUACAGCUGUUUGUAAAUGGUUUGCUGACAUCUGUACUUGGAGAAAUCCAAUCACAACCUGCCUUGUUCAUGUCUUGUUCUUGAUAUUGGUGUGCUACCCGGAAUUGAUAUUGCCAACCAUUUUUCUUUACUUGUUUGUGAUUGGGAUUUGGAAUUACCGGUUCAGGCCAAGGCAGCCACCUCACAUGGAUGCAAGGCUUUCACAAGCAGAAAGUGUCCACCCAGAUGAACUGGACGAGGAAUUUGACUCUUUUCCAACUACAAGGCCUUCAGAUAUUGUGAGAAUGAGGUAUGACAGAUUGCGGAGUGUGGCAGGUAGAGUACAGGCUGUGGUUGGAGAUUUGGCUACCCAGGGAGAAAGAGCUCAAGCCAUACUAAGUUGGAGAGACUCCAGGGCUACGUCUAUCUUCAUCAUCUUCUCACUCAUUUGGGCUGUUUUCAUUUACAUUACUCCCUUCCAAGUAGUAGCUAUUCUAGUAGGCCUCUACAUGUUGCGUCAUCCUCGGUUUAGGAGCAAGAUGCCAUCGGUACCAGUUAAUUUCUUCAAGAGAUUGCCUUCCAAAUCAGAUAUGCUCAUAUGAUGUCCAGCUUCGGUUUUUAUCAUUUCAAUUGUUGUGCACAAAUAAAGAUGUAUGAAUAAACAUACCAGCACCACUACACGUAAAUUAAAGAGGGUACAGCAAAGAUGUGCAUAGUCAGGGUUCCCCUCCAAUUUCAUUAGCAAAAAAGCACACUUUCAUUCUAUGAAAGUAUAUGUACAUCCCAAAGCUUCAGUUUCAGCUAUGGAAAUGAAUAUUUCUUUCA